AUGGCAGUGGACCUCAAAGGAGGCGCUUUGGCUGUCGUCACCAAGAACACACCAUGGCCAGUAGGAAAAGCAAAGCGUGUCUCGGUAAAUUCAUCCGGAUAUGGAGGAGCUAACGGGCAUGUCGUCAUUGACGGCGUUGAUGAAUAUUUCAAGAGCGUCGGUGUCUCCAGUCCAUUCAACAAAGAGCCCGAUGUCGACCCGUACAGCACGAUUACCCAAAAGAAGUUUCUACUGCCGGUUACGGCACAUGACGAAUACUCCAUGUCCAAGAGUCUGGUGAACAUGAAUCAGGUUCUCAACAGUCAGAUUCAUGAUAUUCACGAACUCUUGUACACCAUGGUCGCGCGGCGAACGCGAUUCUCCCACCGUGCCAUGAUUCCGGUGGAAAUCAGUCGCGAGAAAGAAGUGGCCAUAGGCGAGGCAGUAACUGGCCGUGCCACUGAUAGAGCUCCAAUCGUGGCCUUUGUCUUCACCGGACAAGGUGCUCAGUGGCCAGAGAUGGGACGCCAGUUGAUGGACAGCUACCCAUCAGUGCGAAAGACAUUCAAGAAGCUAAACUUGGCAUUAUCGAACUUGGAACAGCGACCACAAUGGACCCUUGAAGAAAUUCUGCUUGAACCCGAAGAGACCAGCAGAGUUGGUGAGGUUUCCUUCUCCCAGCCGAUUUGUACCGCCAUCCAAAUUUCAAUCGUCAAUCUCUUGUGGGAUUGGGGAGUCAAGCCUGAAGCUGUCAUCGGCCACUCGUCUGGUGAACUUGCUGCUGCUUAUGCGGCGGGGCUGAUUACUGCCGAGGACGCCAUCACAGCUGCCUAUCUAAGAGGCGUACAUGCGAUGCUCACGCAAGCCCCGGGAACAAUGAUGGCGGUGGCCCUUGGCGCGAAGGAUGCUCAAAAUCUCCUCUACGAGAAUAAUAUCGCGUCUUCUGAUGUCGUUGUGGCGUGCGUCAAUUCACCAGAGAGCGUCACUCUAAGCGGCAAGCCCAAGCCUAUGGAUGCUCUUCACAAGUUAUUGAAGCAAGGCUCAAUCUUAUGCAAGAAAUUGCAGACAGGUGGAAAAGCUUACCACUCUCCCAGCAUGAAAGAGGUUGGUUCUCAUUACAGCAAGGCUAUCCUCGAGGCCACGGCUCGCUUCAGUAACAGUGCGGUGGAUCUCAAGAGUGGAAAGCACAAGGAGCCGAAGCCUGUGAUGGUGUCGUCCGUGACUGUAACACAACUUCACCAGGGUGACAUUGAUGGAAACUACUGGCAGAAGAACUUGGAAAGUCCAGUUCUUUUUGAUCCUGCAUUGAAGCACAUGCUGGGUCUCAAGUUCGGCUCAGAUGAGCGUUUUGUGGACUGCCUAAUCGAGAUAGGGCCUCACAGCGCCCUGAAGGGCCCCAUCAAACAGAUCAUUUCAUCGCCCGAAGUCCAAGAGAUCUGGAAAUCUAGCCUGGGAGUUGCUCCCAAAGUGACUUAUGAGCAAACCCUAGAGCGUGGUCAUGAUGCCGAAGACGAUAUGAUACGGCUUUCAACCAGUCUAUUCUUGAAGGGCUAUCCUCUGGAUCUACUUCUUGUAAACGGACAUACCGCGUACCGCCCGUCCAAGGUUAUCAUCGAUCUCCCCAAGUACCCAUGGAACCACGAGACUCCACAGCCUUUGAUUGUCAACCGCGCUACUCAGGACUAUAAGUUCGCCACUCAUCCACGUCAUGAUCUGAUUGGAAGCAGACUCCCUGGAGGGAAUCGCAUGGAGCCCAUCUGGAGGAACUACCUUCGUUUGGAGGAUGUACCGUGGAUAAAAGAUCAUGUGAUUGGAAGUGCUUUCAUCAUACCUGGUGCAGCAUACCUCGCCAUGGCCGUUGAAGCGGCAGCCCAAUUUGCCGAGGAUACCGCCCUCGGUGGCCCACCUUUCGACUUCGAAGAUUCCAAGUUCCACCUUCAUACCGUCACGAUAAAGUCGGCGCUGGUGCUUCCUGCCAGCGGGACUACAGAUAUCAUGACCAACUUACGUCCUACCGAGGCAUCUGCGGCCUCCAACAGGUUCGAAUUCAAGAUCUGUUCCGUCACUGAUGGACAAUGGAUUGAGCACGCUCAAGGAAUUGUUUCGUUUGAGCCGGUUCAUGGGGCGAAGACGAAAAAGGUUCCCUUCAACAAGGAAACUGAGGAGCCCACCUUCGAACAGACUUUCGGCAAGGAGGCCUGGUACGAGCGUCUAAGAUACAGAGGCUUUGACUUCGGUCCCCUGUUCCGCGUCAUCGAUGAGAUUGAGGUUCUGCCUCAUGCUUCACGUGCUCGUGCGAGAGCUCCUAUUCUCAAGACAGCCGAGAUGACCACGCCAUAUGAGUCCCGCUAUGCGAUUCAUCCCUUGACCAUUGAUGCCGUACUUCAAGGCCGUGUGGCUUCCGUGUAUACUAGCCGCGCGGAUAAGGAGGCGGCUACCCAGAUUCCGGUAUUCAUCGAAGAAAUGACAAUCAGCCCAUCGACAUGGGCGAAAAACCAGACAGGCUUCAUUGACAGUGUUGCGUGGACUGAGGGCGCCCGUAGCGGCGGAUCGCACUCGACUCUGACCACCGAGAGCGGCUUUGAGAUCAUCUCGGCGCGAAAUGUCAAAUGGCGGCAAUUUGAGAAUCAAGGAAGUCAAGAGAAGAUGAACAAAGAGGCUGCACGCGAACCAUACUACCGCAUGCAAUGGAAGCCGGACGUGGAUUUUAUGGACACAGACGGAGCACAUCGCUUGUUUCACAGCGACUUUCACUCACCAUCAGGAGCAGCCUACCUAGAUGAGGUAUACAGCAUUCGGACGCGACUAGAGACGGUAACGAUCCUGUAUAUCUGCGGCGCACUAGAGAUGGUACGACUUGAUGAGCUUUCCACCGACCCGUCGCUGAAAUGGAUUCAUGGAUUUUAUAACUGGAUGUGCCACGUCAGGAAUGAGGCGGCAGCCGGGCGAAUGACUCUUUGCGAACAAUACGCCACGAGCCUCGAUCCCCAGCAGCGGGAGCAACGAAUCAAACAGCUCCUAUCUGAAUUACCAGGGGACUUCCCGCAGCUGGAGUUCAACGCCAUUGUCUACCAAAACAUGGUUGGUAUCCUAAACGGAACCGUGGCGGGCAUCGACCUGGCGGUGAAGGCAGAGAUCCUGGCGCGUGUGUACGCCGACGGUUCAAUUCACGAUGCGGCGCGCAAGAACCUGGCGUCUGUGAUAGACAUUCUGGCGCAUAAGAAUCCCACAAUGCGUGUGUUGGAGGUUGGGGCUGGCACGGGUAGCUGCACCAGCAUCGCGUUGGAUGUGCUCAAUGCCUUCGACCGCGACAUGCCUGGUCACCACGCUAAGCGCUACCAUGACUACACCUUCACAGACAUCUCACCAGCUUUCUUCGAGAAGGCCGAGGAGCUUUUCAGCGCGUACCCGCCCAUGAUCUACAAGACGUUUAACCUGUCAGUUGACGCCGCAGCGCAGGGCUUCGAGCUCGGCGAGUAUGAUCUCAUCCUGGCAUCCAAUGUGAUGCACGCUCCAGCAAACACCGACCAACUGCUAUUGAACUGCAGCCGCCUUCUAAAGCCAGGAGGCAGACUCGUGAUGCUGGAAAUCACACAGACUGGCAGUCUGACACCUGUACAGUUUGCCUUUGGCACGCUACCAAGCUUCUGGGAGUGCCUCGAAGACGCCGAUGCUGAUAGAUCGUUGGGGCCUUUCCGGACGCUUCCGUCAUGGGAACAGCAGCUCAAGAUAUCUGGAUUUGCAGGCCUAGAUAUGGUCUUGACUGAUUUUCCCGAGCCAUUGGCCCUGGAAAGCGUCAUGGUCGCCAGUACCAUCGGAGGAGCUUUGAAUCGGGUUGCGGCACUGGGCGUUGAACGUGUUGUUAUCGUCCAUUCAUCGCUCCAGAAUGCACUCGGUAAAGCUGUUGAGGAGGAGAUCAUGAGGCAAGGAGUUCUCGACAAAGACACCAUCUUGCACUACUCUCUCGAUUCCAUCUCUCAUCUCAACCUCUUGAACGGACCUAAAAGUACCUACAUCGUGCUCGAGGAGAUACAAACUCCAGUUCUCAAAGACAUGCUGCCGGAGCAGUUCGAGGGCUUGAAAAAACUCGUAUCGUCAGCGACAAGCAUUCUUUGGGUCACUGGGGGAGACUUGAUGGCGGGUACGAACCCAGCCCUGGCAAUGGCCCACGGGAUCAACACUGUGCUGAUGAACGAGAACUCGGCCCACAAUCUCAAGUUCGCCACUCUCGACAUCGACAAUACCAGCGACAUCAAGACACCAUUGAUUGCGAAAACAGUCGUUAAAGUGUGGACUACGGUUGCAACAGCUGUAUCCAGAGCUACGUGCGAGACAGACUUCAUCCUUAAGGAUGAAAAUAUCUACAUCAGCCGUGUCUCACCCGACAUGCAGCUGAACGAAGAGUUUAGUCUCGAUACCGGGCCAGGGAGAACUGGGCAGGCAUUCCCGAAUUUUGGCAACAUCCAAUUGUCAUUGGAGACUCCAGGACUUCUGGAUACGGUGUACUUCCGAGAGAAACCGACAUGUGAGAUUGCGCUCAACGCCGAUGAAGUCGAAAUUGAAGUGAAAGCAGUCGGACUGAAUAUGAAGGACUAUGUUAUUGCGAUGGGCAACUUCGAAAGUGUCAAGUCCAGCAACGAAAGCACUGGGAUCGUGUCUAGAGUGGGAGCCAAUGUCGCCCACUUAAAGCCUGGCGACAAGGUCAUCUGCCUAGAGCGCGGACACUACGACACGUUCCUUCGAAGCCCGGCGCAGAAGUGCCUGAAGCUCGACGACGAUGCUGAUCUGAUCGAAAUGGCCACCGUCGGUAUCGCUCAUGGGACUGCCCUUUAUGCACUAGACUAUCUGGCGCACCUGGAAGCAGGCGAGACUGUGUUGAUCCAAGCAGCUACUGGGGGUUUGGGAUUGGCAGCAAUCCAAUAUGCUAAGUACGUGGGAGCUGAGGUUUAUGCCACAGUGGGAACGCAGCAGAAAAGAGACUAUCUCAUCUCUAAGUGUGGGAUCCCUGACGACCACAUCUUCCACUCCCGGACGCUGCAGUUCAGAGACGAUCUGCUGAAGCAAACGCGAGGCCGUGGCGUCGAUGUCAUCUUGUCAGCUAUCUCGGGUCCUGGAUUCCAUGAGAGCUUGAAAUGUCUCGCCCCCUGCGGAAAAUUCAUUGACGUCGGUCGUGGAAACGUGCUUGACAAGGGUAAUAUUGGAUUGCAUGCUUUUGACCGAAGCAUCAGCUUCUUCUCAUUUGACCUCAACUUUGUGUUGGAGGAAAAGCCAAGAAUUGCAGCACGUGAAAGCCUCCUUUCUGAUGCGAUGAAGCUCCUUCGAGACGGCAAGAUCAAGCCAAUCAAGCUGGACCGCACAUUCCAUAUCACGGAGAUGGAGAUGGCCCUCCGCUAUUUUGGCCAAGGUCAACAUAUAGGCAAGAUUGUGCUUACUUACGGCACAACUCCCAACCGGAUAAAAAUCAAGGGUGCUCUCCAACCUCAUGGUAUCGACGGAAACAACAGCUACUUGAUGGUAGGAUGCCACGGUGGCCUGGGCCAUAGUAUGGCAGACUCUAUCAUUGAGCGAGGAGCCAAAAACCUCGUCUUUCUGGGCAGGUCCAGCGAGAACAAGCCAGACAUUGCUUCCUUCUGUCGCCGAGCCCGAGGCCAAGGCGUGAAUGUGGUAACAAUCCAGGGUGAUGUCUCCAAAAUAGAGGAUGUCAAGCGAGCGGUGGCUCAAGCCAUCUCAAUGGGACCGCUCAAGGGAGUUGUGCAUGCGGCAAUGGUAUUGCAGGACGCCUUCUUCGACUCCAUGACCCUGGAGCAAUUUAAUACCGCUGUCCGUCCCAAAGUGCACGGCGCCCUUAACCUCCACAAUGCCACGAUCAGUGUCAACGCGGCCCUCGAUUUCUUUUUCAUGACCAGUUCAACGGUUACUUACGUAGGCCACAUCUCGCAGGCCAACUACGCGGCAUCUAACGCGGUGUUGAACAAUCUAUCACGCCAGCGCAUCCGCAUGGGCCUGCCGUCAACCACAAUCUCUCUGGGCCCAAUCAAGGGUGUGGGCACGCUGAACCGCAAGCCCGAAUAUGCUGAAAACCUGCUGCGAUCCGGUCUGAUUGAAGCCGAGGAAUCAGAGUUCAUCCGUCACUUUGAACGUUUCACGUACCCACAGCCCGAGUCGAAGCAUUUCGACAGCCUAACGCAGGGCCAUAUCCUCACCGGUGUCGAAUACUCGAAGCACGACGUCAGCAUGGUACAAGUUACACGUAUUGAGCAGGACCGUCGCUCUGCUCUCCUGGUCACGACGCUCGAAUCACGAAAGGCUGCUGGUAGCGGCGGUGCAGCGGCUGCUGAUGCCAGCGGCGAUGAUCUGCUGCUGGUAGCGGCGGUGCAGCGGCUGCUGAUGCCAGCGGCGAUGAUCUGCUGCUCUCCGAUAUUCCAGACAACCGUGACAAGGCUGUCAUCUUGUUGGCAGACGCCGUCGCGCAGCGGUUGGCCAAGUUGA